GAAGUAUUUUAGACCAUUGUAGAGUAUUAAACCUGUUCUCCCAUCUAUACUUGGGCCACGCACCUUCCCUGCAGAUCUCUAAUACUAAGGUACGUACUUACUCUGCGUCACAGUUUCCUCUUGCGGCUAUUGGAGUUUCCACACAUAUCACAGCUCGAAAAUGGAAGCUGCGACGGAAACUGGAGACGACUCCGGAGGAAGGAACAGGUAGCUUCAGGUUAGGUAUGCCCAGCUUGGCCCUUAGUUCAAUGGUCCGCGCUUUGCUGCACCGACCCGCGAUAUCCAAGAGCCGUUCGUUUCUAUUUACAUAUCAAUAUCUACCUAUACCGUCCUUCGCGUUUUGAAUACGAAAACCCCAAGUAUCGGAAUAUCCCUCCACUAAUAUCUACUUCAUUUUCGCGACGAUGGGGCCUAUCAUUAAUUCCAUCCCCGAAACCCCUGCUCAGUUAAUAUUGCGUAGCCUACUUGAAUACCCGAAUGGACCGGAGGAUAGAAACAGAGAAUCACCCAAGCGCAAAGCCACAAAGGACGACAAGGGACCGGAGGGCAUAGUGGACGUUCCUGGCCUAAGCUCUGCACUACUACAAUUAGAUGUUACACCCCAGUCGCCUGUCGAGUCUGAAGAGGAUAACCAGCCUGAGCAAGAUCCGCCACCUAGCCGAGACACCCAGGGCGAACAAGAUCCUAUGGGGGCAGAGAAAUCACAGCAUACAAAAGUUUUCCAUAUUACCAUACCCUUGAUUUAAUCUCGUUUGGAUGAAAACGGCUAUCGAGACCAGAGGUCAGCUGUCUUGUCGGAUUACUCAAACGAUGCGGACGACGAAAGUGGACGACCAGAGGAAGGAAUAUCGUUAGAAGGCUCAGGGAAACCAAGGCAAGGCUGGAAUGACACUAUUUCGGUAAAGAGAAGCAAGCGAAUGAGAAGGAAUGGUUUCAGCGAUCAAU